CGGAGAAAUACCCAGUCAAGUAUUGACAUGGUUGAGCUGGGAGGGAAAAUCAGUCAGUAUCGCGGUGGGAAAAUGAGGAGAACGGCGGAGCAAGGCUCACAUCGGAACUUUCGUAGCUCUCGUGUCAUCGCUUGGUAUGACCAGAGGAACAGCUUAUACCGAACCUUGGGGAAGUAAUCUCUUCCCUGACACUGCGGCUGGCUGGAUCUCCCGAUGGUCCCGAUGUAUGAGGACUAAGGGAGGCUGUACCGCUGCCGUAGCAUAGUAAUAUCUUCUUCUUGUCGAAACCACCUCCCUCGCUGCUUCUCACUUCACAUCUCCACCUCCAUUUCAUCUCCCCCCUCCACUUUAGUUGUACCUCCACACGCAAAUCCAUCAUGUUCUGGGGGAAGGGAAAAGAAGAAUCACCUCCUGAGCCCCAAGAGCCCGUUAAACGGGCAAAGCUCAACCCUCACCUGCAGAGAAUCGUUGAUCACGACGACCAAUUCUACGACGAUGUCUACAGUCCAUACUCCGUCGACUCAGUCGAUACCCCUUACCGCUAUGCCGGUUACGCCACACGUCUACGCACCAUCCUCCUCUCCGCCCAUCGCUACGUCGCCUACACCUCCGAUGUAGGCGAGUCAUUCCGCCCAGUCGCGCAUCCCAUCCUCGUGCGCUCCGCAUACGCCAUCUCUUGGACGUACCUACUCGGCGAUGUCGGACACGAAGGGUACAAGGCAUACCUACGCAACCGGCGGGUCCUGGCACCACCCUGCGAGGCAUAUAAGGAUUCGUCAGACCUAACACAUCAGGAAGUAGUCAUGGGCAUGGCGACGGGAAACAUUACGGGGCCGUUGAGCAAUUCACAAUCACCAUCGGGUUCAUCGUACCCUAGCGGACAAGGGGUGGGAGGUGGCGAUACGCUCACACCCUGGCCGACAGCGCGAGUCCCGCUGAUUGAAGAUUACCGGGUAGUUAUGGCACAACGCGCAUUGUUCCAGGGUCUCGCAAGUAUGGGACUUCCGGCCUUUACGAUCCAUACUGUGGUAAGAUAUUCCGGGCGGGCGUUGAAGGGCGCAAAGAGUACGUUUAUGAGAACGUGGGCUCCUAUCGGUCUUGGUCUCUCUGUUGUUCCAUUCCUGCCUUACAUCUUUGACCACCCUGUCGAGGAAGGAGUUGACUGGGUGUUCCGCAAUGGACUACGCCUUUACGGAGGCGAAGACGCCGUCCGGGAGCUACCACGGCAUUCAGAAGUGUCAAGGACUGGAAAGGAUCAAGAUCACGAGGACCCCACGUCUCUAGACCAUUUCCAUAUCAAGGUGCAAAAGGGGGAGCUUCCAGCAAACGGGGAAGUAAGCUGGGAAGACUAUAAAGAGGAUCUGCUGCGCGCGAAAGAGCAAAGGAAGCGCGAGCGCGAGGAGCGCGGAGAGUCAGGGAUCCUGGCAAUGUUGGGGUUCGGGUCAAAGCAGAAAGAGAACAAGAGCAAAACUGAGUGA